AAAGAUAAUGAUAAAAACCAGUCAUUAGAGGGGCAGGGCAAUUUUAAGUUUCUUCUUUUUAGACAUAGCCCCUAACGAAAUCCUCCUCCUUCUUGAGAAGGGAGCUUGCACUGACAUCUACAGUGGCUUCUAAAAAGCACAGAUGACCUGCUAUACUUCCUGACUUUCUUGCUAUUGGUUGGCACCAUUCAUAAAUAUACUUUGCUGUUUUACUUUUCUUUGAAAUAAGCAGGCUGAAUUACGUGGAAGAGAAAGGCAGGAGAGAUAGAGGCAGCAGAAGCCAGGGCGGCUGAAACACAGAGACCUUCAGAGCAUCUCAUGGAUUCAUGUUUGGUAAUGAUAAUGUGGGAAGUGCUAACUUAAGGAUUAAAAAAAAAAAGAACUUCUUUUUUACAUCAUUUACAUGUCAACCAUGUUUUCUGAGUAUGAUCUUCACAUAGAUGUCCAAAGAAGAAUUGAAAAAUAUUCUUGCUGCAUCAGAAAUAUGUUGACAAAUCAUCUUUUGGGACAUUUUGACUAUCUGAACUAGAUAUACCUCCAAUGUGUACAUAAAAAGUGAAUGACUCAUUUAAUAAGGAUAGAGAGAACAUUUAUGUCCUUACAUCCAUCCAUCUCCUUAUCAGAAAUGGAACCAAAUGGCACCUUCAGCAAUAACAACAGCAGUAACUGCACAACUGAAAACUUCAAGAGAAAAUUUUUCCCAAUUGUAUAUCUGAUAAUAUUUGCCUGGGGAGUCUUGGGAAAUGGCUUGUCCAUAUAUGUUUUCCUGCAGCCAUGUAAGAAGUCCACAUCCGUUAACGUUUUCAUGCUAAAUCUGGCUAUUUCGGAUCUCCUGUUCAUAAGCACACUUCCCUUCAGGGCUGACUAUUACCUUAGAGGCUCUAACUGGAUAUUUGGAGACCUGGCCUGCAGGAUUAUGUCUUAUUCCUUGUAUGUCAACAUGUACAGCAGCAUUUAUUUCCUGACCGUGCUGAGUGUUGUGCGUUUCCUGGCAACUGUUCACCCCUUUCGGCUUCUCCAUGUCAUCAGCAUCAGGAGUGCCUGGAUCCUAUGUGGGAUCAUAUGGAUCUUUAUCAUGGCUUCCUCAGUAAAGCUUCUGGAUCAUGCCUCUGAGCAGAACGGCAAUAUUACAUUAUGCUUAGAGCUGACUCUCUAUAAACUUAAUAAGCUGCAGACCAUGAACUAUAUUGCCUUGGUGGUGGGCUUUCUGCUCCCAUUUUUCACACUCAGCAUCUGUUACCUGCUGAUCAUUCGAGUUCUGUUAAAAGUGGAGGUCCCAGAAUUGGGGCUGCGAGUUUCUCACAGGAAGACACUGAUCACCAUUGUCCUCGCCUUGAUUAUCUUCUUCUUGUGUUUCCUGCCCUAUCACACACUGAGGACGCUCCACUUGGUGACAUGGAAAGUGGAUAUAUGCAAAGACAGGCUGCAUAAAGCUUUGGUCAUCACACUGGCCUUGGCGGCAGCCAACACCUGCUUCAAUCCUCUGCUCUAUUACUUUGCUGGGGAGAAUUUUAAGGACAGACUAAGGUCUGCACUCAAAAAAGGCCAUCCACAGAAGGCAAAGAUAAAGUGUGGUUUCCCUGUUAGUGUGUGGCUGAAAAAGGAAACAAGAGUAUAAGGAGCUCUUAGAUGAGACCUGUUCCUGUAUCCUUGUGUCCAUUUUCAUUCACUCAUAGUUUCCAAAUGACUUUGUAUUUACAUCAUUGCCAACAAAUGUUGAUUGAUUCUUAAUAUUUAGUUGACCAUGACUUUUGUUAAUAAGACUUACUUCAAAAAUUUUAUUCAGUGUAUUUUCAGUUGUUGAGUGUUAAUGAGAGAUACAGGAGGAAAAAUCCCUACUAGAGUCCUGUGGACUGAAAUUUCAGACGGGUAAAAAAUACAGAGCACAUUGGAUCCUACUUUUCUUCAGAUCCUGAACCAGAUCUGUGGCCCAUCAGGCUUUCUAAAUUCUUCAAAACAGCCACAACUUCCCUAGCUUCUACAGCUCCCCUGCCCUCUUCAAUCCCCUGAGAUAUAGCCAACUAACAAUGCUACUGGAAACCCCAGAGCAGACAAGAAGCACGUCCUAAGAUUCAGGGAAAGACUAACUGUGAAGAGGAAGGCUGACCUAUCACAAAACAGCGUCAAGGUCCCAAGAAAGGACAGUGAGAGAAAAGAGGGGAGAAGGAUUAGAGCAAAAGAGAACUGGUGAUAAGUAGGGGAAGGAAGAAUUUCAUUUUGCACUGGGAAGGGAGUUCUAACACACUGAAAGCAACAGUAUUUCUAUUGUUUCUCUCUUGCCAGAGUAUUAGGAAGGACAGGAAAAGUAGGAGGAAGAUCUGUGGCAUUGCCCUAGGAAAUGGAAGAGUUGUGUGUAGGAUGGGAGGGAGAGCAUCAAGGUCACGUAUCUCAAAUUUUUUUUUGAGAUGUAGGUUAGUUGACCUUGCUUCUGUUCUUCUCCCCAUUAAUUCACUGGGAUGGAGGCCAAAAAUAAAAGAGGUACCUCUAGGCGCUGGGGUUGGGCACACAAGGGAAAGAUGGAGUAGAAGGCAAGUUGCAAAGACUGUUGCACCCCUGAAAUUCUAUUAACAUUUUGGCAGAAGAUGAGUAGGGUGACCCUGCCUUCCCUCUUGAGAGUAGAAAAAUGCUAGAUAGUGUGAGAGAUGCUUUUCUGUCCACUGAAACAAGGCUAAGGAUACUACCAACUACUACCACCAUGACCAUUGAACUGCCAACAAUUGAGUGCACUGCCCCUGCUAGGCAGAUUAUGCCAAGCACUUUGCGUUCAUUAAUCUCAUUUGACAGCACAUAUAAAGCUCUGAGUUUCCAUUUUACAGCUGAAGAAAUUGAAGCUCAGAACAAUUAAGAAACUUGUUUAAGUUUACACAGCUAGUAAGAGUUCUCUGUGUAGAAGUAUAGGCUGGGUGCUUCCCCACUGCUACCCUUGUAAACUUCCAGGAAGAUUGAAAGUCUGAAUAAAAGCUCUCGUCUCCUACCAGCUUCCUCCUCCUCCUCACUUUCACAAGAAAACCAAGGUUUUCUCCUUAGAGUUGUUGAUUCCUGGUACAGUAAAGGGUGGAGGUGACAUGGCAUUCUGAAGGUUGGGAGGGACUAAAUUAGUCUUCCUGCUAAACACAAAUCCUAGUACCCUUCCCUUAUUUAGCUACCAGAAUGAUGACAGACAGACUCAAUUCCUGUCAAGACAGGACCCUGUGGAGGAUCCUCCUAUGGAAAACUGCGUAAUCUGAGAAAAAAGGCUGAUUGAUACAGAUAGCUGGGGAUCCUUCAACACAAAAGCUGGGUGUUUGCCCUAUUACUCACCUGACAAUGAAGCCCACAGUGCAACAAAUCCAUUCUACUCACAGCAUUUGGUCAACCAGUCAGAGCCUCAUUCUUAAUGAUGAACAACAGUCAAUGACCACAACACGUUUGAGGAAAAGGCCCUAACAUGGAAAGCACCAACAAAUAAAUGUUAGAGUAGAUAGAAACCUUUUAGUAUAAAAGGUCUCAGCAUUUUCAUCACCCUUACACUUUUAUCAGAAAGCUAGUGGAGGAUGUGUUCAUCCAAAAUAAGACAUUAAACCAAGAUAGAGGAAAACACGGUAGCUAGGAAACAAGGAAUCCAACACAGGAGAAAGGUGAAGGGAAUUCCCAGGAUGUUGGUGUGUGGCAGGCUCAGAAAGCAACUCAUUCAUGUUGGAGCAGGAUUCUUAAAGGGCUCUAAUAUGGAUGUCUCCCAGAAAAAGAAGAAAUUAAUUGAUUCAUACACAUUGAGAGGGAUUUAUAUUUCUUUUGGAGAGAUUUAGAGAAACUAGUGACAAAUACAUAAAAAAACAAGCAAGUGAAAACAAAAUACAGUUAUUAAAUGCUAGAGGAAAAGAAAUUUUUGUGUUAGGAAAUAUAACCAUAGUACACUACAUGGCUCAGCUGUGAAUAAUAUUUACAUAGCAAAUAAUGUGACUAUAGUAGUCUCCCAUUAUCUGUGAUUUUGCUUUCUUCAGUUACUCAUGGUUAAAUAGUCUGAAAAUAUUAAAUGGAAAAUUCCAGAAAUAAACACGUCUUAAGUUUU